UUGUUUUAAUCCCCUGGGCGAGGAGAUUUAGCAAAGAAAAAACACUGGUUUUAAACCCAGCAGCCAUAUUGUAUGGAAAAACGACGGGAAGACUCUGCUUUUCUAUAAAAAAGUAUUUUACUCACUCAGCUCUGUUCAGACUUCUGAGGAGUUUAAUUGUUUUCCUUACUGGAGGUGGGUUUCUGUCGGACAGCGAGCUGGCCAGCUGGUUGAGGAGCUCUGAGACUGGGACUAGUUUUUGAGCCAUUUUACACAAUACUGUGAUCAUAUCUUUGGUUUAAAGGUGUUCAAGUAGCCGUGUGAAACAUGAAGGACCGAUUGGAGCAACUUAAAGCGACGUGUGAUCAAGAUGAUGAAGAGGUGGAGAUUGCUGUGGACAACGCAGCCUUCAUGGACGAUUUCUUCUGUCAGAUUGAGGACAUCAGGAACAGUAUUGAUAAAAUUGAUGAGAAUGUGGCUGAAGUCAAAAAGCUUUUCUCUGUCAUCCUGUCUGCUCCCACAUCAGAUCAGAAAACACAGGAUGACUUGGAGGCAAUAACCAAUGACAUAAAGAAGAUGGCUAACAAUGCAAGAAACAAACUGAAGACCAUCGAGAGGAAUCUGGAGACAGAGGAGCAGGAGAGGGUGUCGGCUGACAUGCGGAUACGUAAAUCACAGCAUGCAGUCCUGUCCCGAAAGUUUGUUGAGGUCAUGACAAAGUAUAAUGAAGCCCAAGUGGACUUCAGGGAGAGGAGUAAAGGACGCAUUCAGAGACAACUAGAGAUCACUGGAAAAACAACAACAGACGAUGAACUGGAAGAAAUGCUGGAGAGUGGCAAUUCUGCUGUGUUUACUGCAGGGAUUGUGGACGCUGGGAUCUCAAAACAAGCUCUGAGUGAGAUUGAAGCCAGACACAAAGACAUCGUCCGUCUGGAAAGUAGCAUCAAGGAGCUGCACGAUAUGUUUGUAGACAUCGCCAUGCUGGUGGAGAGCCAGGGUGACAUAGUUGACAACAUAGAGCAGAAUGUAUCCAAGUCAACGGACCAUAUAACAGUGGCUAAGGAACAGACCAAAAAAGCUGUAAGGCAUCAGGCCAAAGCACGCAAGAAAAUGGUGAUAAUAGUGGUGGUUGUGGUGGUCUUGCUGGGCAUACUAGCUCUCAUAAUCGGUUUGUCUGUGGGAUUGAAGGCAAGCUGAUGAGCUAUUUGAAUAAGAGGAGCACUAAGGAAGAUGAUCAUAAUUGUUGUAGUCUGUGCUGUGGAUGUUCUCAUCUUCCUCAUCGUCAUCUUCCUGCAGACACUAUCACAGGACUGCUGUUUUUAUCAUCAGUUUAUUCACCAUCCACUCCAUCCUAUCCAUCCUAUCCUCCGUCAGCUGGCCAACCAAAGAAAUAACUAAUACUGAUGAACAACAAAAACCCCAGAAGAGCAAGUGUAACAUUUGAUCCCUGGAUAAAAAAGAAGACCUACGAGACUUGGGACGUUAUAAAAACUUUUUAUCCAAUCAGAACCGUCCUUCCAGGUCUGUUAGGGUUUGUUUGACUCCCUCAGGUGGCUUGGACGGUUUGAGGAUGCUCUGCUGCAAAUGAGGAAAUGAGACUGAAGCUGACAAUGAGGUCCAAUAGCUAUUGUAUCUCUGCGGAAGAGAAAAGAGAAUUGAGAAAUAACUGAUCAUAACGUCACUCCAGUGUCACUUAACAUUUCAUUGUCCAACAUUUCAUUGUCUAAGUGUUAAGUGAAAAUUGUUUUUAAUGUCUCGUAAGUGGGACCCUUUGUGAAGCCUUGUAGAAGCACAUGACCUCCCUCAUCACAAUUCUUGCCUUUUAUGAGCCUUGACACAUUCUGUGAUUGAAAAGCUAGCUACUGUAUAGUCACUGUAUUUGGAUUUUGUUGGUUUUGGGGAGUUCCAGCACUUUUACAUUUCAAAAUAUGUCUUUAUUUCUGAUAUGAAGCUCAGAUGAUCAUGUGAAUAAUAGAAUCUUUAUUUUUGUGUGUCGUUGAUCUCCAGCCCUCAGUUCUAUUAACUUGAAGAGGAUCGGUGUGCACACUUAUGAUUCUUCAGUUUGUAGAGCCCAGUGGGUCUGAUUUUAAAUAUGUAGGAGGUCCUCAUGGAAACACAUUUCAAACACAGAUGAGCAAAAAACAAAACCAAAAAAAAGCUAGGUGCAUUAACAUACAUCCAUUGCUUUAGGGCUUGUCUAAAUACUGCAACAUCUUUUAGAGAUGCCUGAAUAUUUGUUUUGUAUCAUUGCCAACUUGUUACAAUGUUGGCCAACUUGACCUUCUACAUUUAUAGACAUGAUUGUCUCCAAUGUUAAAAUGCCAAAACAGAGACUGGUAGUAACACUAGCUAUUUCAAUCUCAGUGCCAGAAUAGUCCAAUAAGGAAGUAAUAGUUAUUUAUUUAAAACUUUUUGAUGACUUAAAGUGUAAAGGGACACUCUAACUAACCUAAAGUAAGAUAUCCCUGAAUGGUGGGUCUUUACUAUUGCCGUAUGUCAAUAUAUUUCUACUGUAAACACCUCAGUUGCCAGUUUAUUGAGUACAACUAUCUGAAAUAAAUGUAUUAAUACAUCAGCCCUGCAAUAAAUCCUAUUGUCAUGAAGGGUAUAAUGUUGCUGGUUAACCAUUAUGGAACUACUGCCUGCAAACGUCUCAGUGUAAGAGAUCACAAUUCAACAGGACAACAAAGUACAGCCUCCAAAAAGACAAUUGAGUUUAACGGUUCCAACAUAAAAAUGUACAUAACUUUAUUGAUUUAACCUAUCCCUAACAAAGACUGAUAUAUUGUGUUUAUAUAUCUAUGAAAAUAAACCAAACCAAAUACAGAAAGGAUUUUUAUUGCAGGGCUGUUAUAAUGGACUGCAUUAGUUUUGGUGUGCCUGAUAAAUUGACUUUAACUCUGUUUGGUCACAAUCAUUUUAGUAGGUCUUUUUUUCUUGUUAGAGGCAAUGUGUCAAACUGAGAGGAUAUUGAACCACAGUCCACAUGUAGGAGUUUUGUAGUGCAAAGACAUAACCUUUCAAAUGUCCGGUGCAUUAUGAGGGCCGCCGUCACUGAGGGAAGUCUUUGUUUCUGUUAGACCAGAGCCUGAAUGGUUCCUUUUAAUUCUGGUUGAGCAGGGAGCUCUUGAAAGUGAGAGCCCGUCCCAGUCUGCUCUUUUGACUGCACAGUCUGCUCUCUGGGCUUCAGCCAUCAACUGUUCAAUCCUGAUGCUUCUAUUCAAGCUUUUUUGCUUUUCACAUCAUCAAUAGAAGUAAGAAAAACUGAAGCAGCUGAACACUGUAUGAAAAUUAGCGUGCCACAGAUUUUAUUGAAAAUUAAAGAUUUUAUGUUUUUUAAUGACUUGGUUGACUAAUGUUUACUUACGACCUCAUGCCUGUCACUUUUUGGAGUGACCAAAGGUAAAAGAGUAACUGAAUUUUAACGAUUUCUGAUGACUGCAUGUUAUGGAAGAGCAAUGUGUGUGUCUGUUUUUAUGGGUGGUUGUAGCUGUUGUCAGCCGAUAGUUGAUACAGCAUGUUAACCAAUGUGUUGCAAAGUACAGUUUUUAAAGCCUGGUGCACAAGUGUCAAAUAAAAGGUACGUUUUUCACCUUUCCUCUCUCGUUACACACACACACACACACACACAUACAUACACACCCACAUCCUGAUCUCUAUGACCCUUUGUUCCCCCUUUGCUCAAUCAUUUCCUCAAACCAUCGUGUCCAUUAGUGUUAAUAAUUGUAUUGUGUUAGAUGCUCUCUGACUUUCUGCCUUUUUAUUAAAUCAACAGAAAAAGAUGAUGAUUACAUUGUGCUGUACCAUCAUUGGAAUCGUUGGAUUCUCCUAUCUCUACAGCUUCUUCUCAUAAAAGGUUUUACACAGUGUUUCUAUGGAAAAAGGUGUCAAGAAAAAGAAGGUUUCCUGAGGUGCUUCCCUAUGUUUACCCUGACCAUUAAUCUGAAUCUAAUUUAAAAUCUAAUAAAAGUAUUAAAAAAAAAAAAAUUAAACCAUACCAGCCCUGUGCACUUACCCUUUUAUUAAUCAUUUAAAUUAAAAAUAUUUUGUUGCUGUAUGAAGUGUUUGAAAACGUGUUAUAAAUGUGUAGAUUUUUCUCAGGCUGCCUGUUUAUUGCCAGAUGGCUCAACAUGACAUUGUGGUCGGCUGCAGUCUACCGCCUCCUGGUGGAGCUCACAGAGGACAAUCAUAAUUGUUUA